AUGGCCGCACAAACUGCGUCUUCCCGCCCGAACAGCGAGGAAGCACCCGUCGAGCGACGUCGUACCACCGAGCCUGUGACGCCUGUCCUGCAGUUGAGGAACGGCCAUGUCCCUCCUCGAACAAAUAGCCCAUUCUCCGAUCCCAAAUUCUUGCAAGGGAGAGAUCUUCUAGGUCGAAAGCCUUCUGCGGUUGGUUCGUUUCCGGAGGAUUUCUACCAAAGCGCUGGUCCGUCGCCGGUGGUUUCGAGAUCGCACACUCCGCAGCCGGGAAGUAGAGCACAAACGCCUCAUCCUGGGAGCAGAUCACAGACACCGCAUCUUGGAAGUAGGCCUGGAAGUCCGCCGCCAACUCCAGGCGCCGGGACGAUGCAGCGGUUUCUGAAUGAUGCGGCGAGAGAGCCGAAGCCGCUCAGCGAGGAGAUUGGCCUCUGCGAAUACGAGAUCCAGGCGCAGCGCCUGUCAAUGGCUCGACUGUGGGCGGCGAAAGUAUUGGUCGAGCAAGCGUUCGACUACGCGGACCUUGACAAGAGCAUUCCAAGAGAAGAGCAGCCUCUGUGUCCAUUCGGCAACAAGCUCCAGGAGAUCAUGUUCCUGCUCACGGAUGUGGUGACGAGGCUGGGAAACAACAAGCUGGUGAAGGACUAUGAGAAGGCGUACACCGUCCCGCGGAACAGCAAGUUCCAUGGCAAAGACUUCGACAAGGUCAUUGCGAGGGAUGCGGCGAAGAUGUUGACGGGCGUGCAGGCGGUGGCGGACCAGAUCGUGAGGGAGAUUCAGUAG